UUCCGUGCUCGUGGGGCCGGGCUGGGCUGAGCUGGGCUGGGCUGAGCUGAGCGGGGCUGAGCUGGGCCGGCGCGAUGGCACAGCACGGGCCGAGCGUCACGCUGUCCCUCACGCUGCCCAUCACCUGCCACAUCUGCCUGGGCAAGGUCCGUCACCCAGUUAUCUGUGUGAACAACCAUGUCUUCUGUUCCAUUUGUAUUGAAGUGUGGCUGAAGAACAAUAAUCAGUGCCCAGCUUGCAGGAUUCCCAUCACACCUGAAAACCCCUGCAAGGAAAUUAUAGGAGGAACAAGUGAAAGUGAUCCUUUAUUUAGUCCGGCAGUCAGGAAACACCUACGUAAAACAAGGCUUGAAUUGCUCCACAAAGAAUAUGAGGAUGAAAUAGAGUCCCUGCAAAAAGAAGUAGAAGAUCUGAGAGGUAAAAAUCUCAGUUUACAGACACAGCUGAAAUCUCUUCUGGAUCCUGCAGCAUCAGCUUUGUCUUGCCAAAAUGAGGAAACUAGCCAGUCAGCAAAUGAAGCAAGUACCAGUGGCCCAGAAACACCAGAGGAAUGGAGCAAAAAGCUGAAAGCUGCCAAUGAUAUGUAUGAAAAACUGAUGGAUAAUGUGGAAAAGCUAAAGGAGGCAAAUAAGAAACUGAGCAUGGAAAACAAUAACCUUUUAAGAGAGAAUUUGCGACUAAAAGCUGAAGUUGAUAGUAGAUCACCCCAAAAGUUUGGUAGGUUUACAGUAGCUGCACUUCAGUCCAAAGUGGAACAAAGUGAACGUGAAAUGAACCGUCUGAAAAAGGCACUGGAAAGAAGUGAUAAAUACAUAGAAGAAAUGGAAUGUCAGCUUUUACAGCUGAAAAAUGCAGGCAAAGGAAGCCAAACAGUGAGUGCUGUUAGGGAGAGAGCACUUUCCACAGAUGCUGAAGGAGGUGAGAGCAGUGAAGAUGCAACUUCUUUGAAAACCCAAGUUGAGGAGAAAAAAGCUUUGAAUACCAGUCAAAGUCCUGACAGUCUUGAACAGCUGGCAAGUCGUGGAACUUGUUUAAUCUCUUCUAGUCAAGAUAGUUUGAAUAGCUCAAAUACCCAGUGUGCCACACAGAAAGAACUAUUUCCAGGAUGUCACAGGGUUGUCCUGGAUGAAAAUAGUACAAAUAUGGAUGCCUGCUUAGAAGAGCAGUGGAGUAAAAUUGAGGAAUGUACCCCAUAUAAGGAUGAAGAACUUUAUGAUCUUCCACCACCAUGCACACCUUUUUUGUCUCUCAGUCGCCUUCAGUUGAACACUCCUGAUGGAAAAGAAAAUGCAAGAAAACCAUCAACAUUCCUGAGAAAACUGAAAUUCGAAGAGUUUCGUGGAACUUCAGAUGGUGGCAGCAAAGCUUCUCCUGAACACAGCACAAGCAGCUGUAAUAGUCAAAAGAAGCUAAACUGUUUUACUACAGGAAAAUCAGGGUUUUGGGGCACCUGCCCAACAGAUUUUGCUGAGAACUUAGAUUUUGAUGAAUCGGAGCAAAAUUCAGUAGCUGAUCAGUCAGAUGAGACAACAGCGAAGUCCAGUGAUAAAACAAGUACUUGCUUACCUAAAAGGCUACAUACUCUCUGCUCUUCAGAAAUGAAUCGCACAAGAACCUCCAGUGAGGCAUCUAUGGAUGCUGCCUACCUUGAUAAAAUUUCUGAGUUGGACUCAAUGAUGUCUGAGUCGGACAACAGCAAGAGUCCAUGCUAUAAUUUCAAGUCCUCUGACCUUGAUAAUUCUUCAAAGUCAACAGAGUGCCCUAAGCUUCUGAAUGGAACUGAGAAGAAACUGGAAGAAAUGAAUGAGGAACAGACAAUGAAGUGUCCAGAGACAAGCAAUCUAGCAAAUGAUAGAACUGGCUGGAAACCUGUUAUGUUUUCCAACCUCUCCCCAUCUGACCUAGAUAUGAAUGACCACUUUCCACUGUUUACAGGCCAAAACGCAGUGGCUAGUGGUAGCAAACCUCCAAACUCUUUAUUUCAAAGGGACUUUUCCCCAAGUGUACCGUUCAGUAACUCACAAAGGUUGUUUGAGGAACAAAAGCUUGGUUGCUGUUUUUUAAAGAUGUCAUCUGAUCUGCACAGUCAGCUUAGUCCUCCUUGGGUGUCUUCCUUUACAGCUGAAAGAAAGAAUAAAAAUGUCAGUCAGUCAACCAAGAGGAAAAUUCAAAGCAGCCUUUCCAGUGCUAGUCCAUCAAAAACCACCAAAAACUGACUCUGCUUGAAAAUCAAAUGUGAUUUAAAGUGAUAAAUCUGCAAAUGUGUAAUAUUUACAGGUGAACUGAAUUUUUAAUAACUUCCAUGCAAUCUGAUCCUCUUAUUUUCAGCUAUGUGAAAACCAAAUAUUCCCUUGCCCAUUGCAAGAUAUUUCCUAGGGAAGAACCAUUCCAGAUUAUUUUCUUUGACUGGGCAUUUUAUGUACUUGGAAGUUUGGGGGUUUUGGAUGUUCUUUUGUUUUCAGAUUACAUGCUCUUCCAGUUGUGAGCACAGCUAAUGGCUUCCUUCAACAGGAAGUUCUAAGUGGACUUAGCAAAUCAGUCAUUCCUGUGAUAAUUAAAGGUUACGUUUCCUGUUCCUAAAGAUUGCAGUUUUUUGCGUGUAAGGCAGCUACUGGCUAUAUAUCCUAUGGAUUCAUGAAUUUGCUAUAAAACAAUGUCAGUUUUGCCAUAAAACUUUCCUCCCAGAGGAAAUGUUGCUGCUCAAACUGUUUCAUAGCACUGUACUGUGCUGAAGCUCUUGUUUUAGGUGGGUGUAAGAUAGCAACCUCUUUCUUUUUAGGGUUACAGCACUUCAGUUAGAAAACAUCUCUUCUUUAACACUGCAGUCAUGGUUUGUUUUUUUUUUGAAGUUAAGCACAAUUUUUAAUUUAGUUCCCAGAAAGCAUUGUUAUUCUAAGUGUGUUUAGUAUGCCUGUAUAGACAAUAAAAAUGGGUUUGUAUGCUAAUAACUUGUUUACCUAAUGUGCACUGAACAUCUUACAUUAAUACUGUACCAUUUCACAUUAAUACUGCAUGCUUUUCUAUGUGAAUUGAAUAAAACAUGUUAUAAGUGCUGUAA